UUCUUUUCAAUUCAAUAAAGCACAUUUUCUCUCACCUUUUGACGCCAAACUCAUCCUAUUAAUUACCCCCGACAAACCUCUGCACUCUUCACAAUAUAACAUAACAUGGGAAAGGGCAACGGCUACAUGUUAUGUUUGUUUUUGGUAUUCUUUUUAGGUGAAGGCCUAUCAAAGGGCGUUCAAGGCCUGGCUUGCAACUGGGGAUUGCAAUCGACUCACCCGUUGCAGCCGAGCAUAGUCGUGAAGCUCAUGAAAGACAAUGGAUUCAAUAAAGUGAAGCUGUUUGAAGCUGAUCCCGGGGCUCUAAGGGCUCUGGCAAACUCUGGUAUUCAAGUUAUGGUUGGCAUUCCCAAUGAGCUAUUGGCGCCUCUUGCUAGCAACGUCAAUAAUGCUAUCAAUUAUGUUAAACAAAACAUUUCCACUUAUGUCUCCAAAGGUGUCGAUAUAAGGUAUGUAGCUGUGGCGAAUGAACCUUUCCUCAAGACCUACAAAGACACUUUUCUGCAUACAACAUUUCCAGCCCUGCAGAAUAUUCAAGCAGCCCUGAUAAAAGCCGGCUUAGGCAAGCAAGUUAAGGUCACCAUUCCGCUGAAUGCAGAUGUCUAUGAGAGUGAAAGUGGCCUGCCUUCCAGUGGCGACUUUCGGCCUGACAUCCAUGGCCUCAUGAUGUCUAUUAUUAAGUUUCUAAGCGACAAUCGCGGUGUCCUCACCAUCAACAUUUAUCCCUUUCUCAGCCUCUAUGCCGAUCCCAAUUUCCCCGUUGAUUACGCCUUCUUCAAUGGCAGCGCUGCCCCUGUUGUUGAUGGUUCCAUAUCUUACACCAAUGUGUUUGAUGCCAAUUUUGACACCCUCAUUUCAGCUCUUGAAAAGAAUGGUUUCGGAUCAAUGCCUGUCAUGAUUGGUGAAGUUGGUUGGCCUACUGAUGGUGAUCCUAAUGCCAACAUUGAGUAUGCCCGUAGGUUCAAUCAAGGACUACUCGACCGGAUAAUUCGAGGCCAGGGGACCCCAAAACGCAGCACCCCACCAGAAGUUUACUUGUUUUCUCUCAUUGAUGAGGAUAACAAGAGCGUUCAGCCUGGAAAUUUUGAGAGGCACUGGGGAGUUUUUUAUUAUGAUGGAGCCAUUAAGUACCAAUUGAAUAUGGGGAAUGGAAGAGGUCUAAUUCCAGCAAAAGGUGUGAAAUAUUUGGCGAGGCAGUGGUGUGUAAUGUCACCUGGAGCAAGCACUUCAGACCCCAAUUUCCAAAAUAGCAUUAACUAUGCCUGCACUUAUGCAGAUUGCACAAGUCUUGGAUACGGAUCAUCUUGUGGAAAUCUGGAUGCCAAGAGCAAUGCUUCUUAUGCGUUUAACAUGUACUACCAGACCAUGAAUCAAAGAAAAGAUUCAUGUUCAUUCUCUAAUUUAUCAACUAUCACCACCGUCAAUCCUUCGCGAGGCACUUGCCGAUAUGAGAUCAUGAUUGAUCUGGGAAAACAUGAGCGGCCUUCUAAUCAUGCACCUUCAGCAGCUGGAAGGAAGCAACACUACCCGCUGAUUAUGGCUCUCGUAUUAGUUUUGACAUUGAUUGUUUGAGGUGUUUCCUGAGUUGAUUACUCAACUGAUUAUUUAACUGGAUUCAUCAAAAUAAAAUUUUCAUGGUUUAUUCAAUUGUAAACUGUAUAUAGUCUCUGUAAAAGAGUUGAAUAUAUUUCAGAUUUAG